AUGCGUGCCGAGCCUGGACAGCCGCAGCAUCUGGGGGGCCGGAGGGGCUGGAGUCUUGGGGACAAGAAGUGCAAAAGGCACAGCGGGUGUAAAGAAGCCUAUUCAGUGUACAUCUACAAGGUGCAGAAGCAGGUGCAUCCCGUCAUCGGCAUCUCCUCCAAGGCCAUGCACAUCAUGAACUCGGAGGUGGCCACGUACACUGUGUCCAAGGGCACCAAAUCCAUGACCAAGUACACCAGCUCCGAAUGA